GUAGAGAGUGAGAAAAUGAACAUGGAACAGAGACUCGAGGAAAUUUUGACUGAACUGGCCUGCAGUUCAGCUGAUGUACCGAUAAACAUGCUCCCCAUCCCAUUUGACGGAGAAUUAAUUUUGGACUUCGGGGAAGAAGUUGUGAAAGACCUGAAAUCAAAGAAAGAGAUAUUAAAGUUUGAAAGAAGUUGGGUCGAGAUGGUCGAAGAGGAAGAAGUGCGACAGAAGAACUUAUCAAAGAUGGAAUCAGAAUUGAAAGCAAUGUCGCCACAAAUAAAGCUUAAAGAAAAGAUGCAGGAGGAACUAAUGAAAGAAGCCCCUAAAAAGAUCGUGAAGCUCAGGCAAACAUAUCUUGCCAUAGAAAAAUCUAGGAAAUUUUGGAAGACAACCCACGAAGAAUUAAAGGUAGUUUUGGUUAAAAGGGAUCAAGCGAAAAUAGAAUUCCAUCAUCAAAAGAAGAUCAUGUCAGAAGUGUUAAAAGGGGUUGAGGUAGUGGCAUCAAGGGAAAUUAAGAAAAGAAGGGAAAGAGAGGAAAGAAGGAAUACCAUUCAGAGAGCGAUGCACCAAGAGUUGAUGGUAGUGGCAUCAAGAGAACUGAAGAUAAGAAAUGAGAGAGAAGAGAGAAGGAAGACAACUUGGAAAGCUAUUCACAAAGAGCUGAUGGUAGCUUUGGUUAAAAGGAAUCAAGAGAAAAUAGAAUUCCAUCAUCAAAAGAAGAUUAUGUCAGAAAUGUUAAAAGAGCUUCAGGAAGUGGCAUCAAGUGAAAUUAAGAAAAGAAGUGAAAGAGAGGAAAGGAGGAAUACCAUUCAGAGAGAGAUGCAUCAAGAGUUGAUGGCAGUUUUGUCAAAGAAACAUGUAGAGAAAGUACAGCAUGCAAAACAGAAGGAAACGGUGGAUCAGAUGUUGAAAGAGCUUAAGGUAGCAGCAUCAAGAAAUUUGGAGAUAAGAAAUGAGAGAGAAGAGAGAAGGAAGACAAUCUGGAAAGCUAUCCACAAAGAGCUGAUGAAAUUCAACAAAGGCACCAACCCAGAGGACGAGGAAGAAGAUUUAUUUGUCCCUAGAAAGCUUUUCAUAUUCAACGUGGACACAUUUAAAACUUCUCCACAGAAUGUUGAGACUACACAAUGCCACAAGGAAACAGAGAUUAAGAAGGGCAAAAUUUAA